CUGACCUGGACCAGGCUAAAGAUUAUUAUCAUCGAGCCUUGGAAGUUCAAGAAAAACAACUUGGUCCAAACCACGUUGAUGUUGCAUCUUCUUUUAACAAUAUUGAUAAGGCGUAUCAACGUAAAUAUCUGGACCAGGCUAAAGAUUACAAUAUUGGUAAUAAUGUGUAUCAACGUAAAAGUGUCCUGGGCCAGGCUAAAGAUUAUUAUCAUCGAGCACUGAAAAUUCAAGAAAAACAACUUGGUUCAAACCAUGUUGACGUUGCAUCUUCUUAUGACAAUAUUGGCACAGUGUAUAAAACGAAAG